UUAUGCCAUGUUACCUUUUUGUUAACAUACUUGAGUUCUGUGAUGUUAUGCUGUUUUGUUGUUAUUGUAAAAAUGAUAUUUCCAUUGUUAGAUGAACGUUUUCUUUUAUGCAAAUGCAACAAAGCCACUGAAGCAUGAAUCCUGACAGUGAACAACAAGACAUAGUUGUGUCACAACACCGCGCACAGCGACAACGUGUAAUCAUUUUGUAGAAAGAAUCUUUUUUAGGAGGAUAUUUCAUACACAAGAUGGCAACAAUUCAUAUUUUUAUUAUUUGCAGCAUGGCCGUAGCCUUUGCUAGCGGGGAGGUGACCUUGGAGGUGGACAGGCCUUGGCUGAGGGUCCAGCUCUUCCACACGGCCUUCCUGGACUGCUGCUACAGAACCGACAAGCCCUCCAUCCAAGCCACCUGGCACAGGCAUGACAGCACCAGGGGCCCGCAUCAAGUGAACGUGUCAGACACGGUGAUGGCGAGGGACAGAACCCACUCCGGCAUCACCUGCGGCACACUGACACUGACCUCGGUGCAGCUCAACGACAGCGGGCUCUACCGCUGUUGGCUCAACGGCACCGGCAUCUUCACUCACGGCACGUACCUGCAAGUGUAUGAGCCGCUGGAUAAGACAAUUAACCUCAGCGAAAAGGCCAAAAAUGACAUCCUGAUUGCAGAAGGAAUGUUGCUCUUUCUGUGCAUCAUUGUGCCUUCGGUCACACUCCUCCUCAAGUCGAAGAAACUCCAUGUUCUGCAGAAGACAAUGACAAAGAGGGAGGUGGAGAACAUCUAUCAGGGCCUCAAUCUGGAAGACUGUUGUGCAAUGUACGAUCAGAUCGAUCGCUCCAAAGUUGGAGCGGGCCCCUACCAGGAUGUGCUCAACAAUGUGGAUGAGGAAGUCCAGCUGGAGAACCCUUAAAUGGAAAGGAAGAGACAAAAACAAGACGGGAUAAGAAAAUAUGUUUAGCGGUGUGGUUAAAGGAAGUGCCUGCAUAUCAGGUAGAUUCUUUCCUGUACACAUAUGGCAAGUAUUUAGUAUUUUUAUUUUAGCAAGUCAGUCUUAGUGAGCAGAAGAUCUCUGUUGCCUUCAACAAAUGCUUUUUUAGUAAUCAAUGUGUCAAUACCAAUAACUCACUAUGUGUAGCUCCACUCUUAUCACAAACUUAACCAUCUGUAAAUUACGUG